UAGGCAACAAUCGCGCCGUUUGGCAACGCUGCAUAACAGUGCGACGUUGCCAGCUGAUGCGGAACAUGACGCGCGUCAUGUUAUGCCUGUAGUUGCGCAUCAAAUGUUGGCACGCGUAGACGUUCGCGCAAUGUCAGUGGCGUGGUCUAACGAUCGAGUACUCCAGCUUAUUGAACUUUAUCAAAACUGUGGCUGUUUGUGGGACUCCACAGACUACGAUUAUAAAAAUAAAUUAAAAAAACGUGACGCGUGGAACACAAUUUCGAAAAUUUUGGAUUUGCCGCUAAAAGAGGUCGAAAGUAAAAUACACACGCUACGGUCACAGUUUACGCGGGAAAGAAAGAAAUUAAAGUCGUCGAAUAAACCUGGAUGUGCUAUUACGUGGUUUGCGUACGAGCCAUUACAGUUUUUGUUGAAAUGUGAAUCGAGUGCGUCGGGAAAGGAGUCAACUCUGAAUCAAAUAGACGACAGCAGUUUUAAACUAGAAGCUCAACUUGACGAAGAGCAGGACAGCCAUGAGUUCCAACAAACAGAAAAUGCCGAAUCGCGACCAAAGAAACGUAGAAAUGAAGAAAAAAUCAACGACGCUUAUAAACUAAUGAUGGAAGCGAAAAAACUUAGGAACGAAGACUGCAUAGACGAGUUCGAUGUGUAUGGAAAAUACGUGGCCUCAGAACUACGGAACAUCAGAGACGAAUACUCCACUCUGAUUGCGAAACAGCACAUAAAUAAUAUAUUGAUCGACGCCAGGUUUGGCAAGUAUCGGCAAGAAUACAGUUCGUUUGGAUACAAUACGGUGCACGCCUCGGAUCCGUUAACAAGCCAUUUAUCGCCCGUCGUCAAAAUUGAAGAACGCAGUCACUCGGUAAAUUCUGAACAAGACUCACAACAAAGCUCUGUGCACGUAGUUGAUUGAAUUCAUAUGAUAAUAGAGAAAAUGCCUUAUGUAAGUAGUGUAACGUUGAAGUUAAUGUACCGACAAUAUUGUUAUUUAAUGUAUUAAAGUAUUUUUUAUUAUAA